GCCAAGUAUGGACCUGCUAUUCCUGUCUCCAGUUCUGCAGGCUCCAGCCUCUUCCUAUUUCCCCUGGAACUCCCUAGUCUUCUCCAAGGCAGGCACCCUAAUGCCUCACAAGUCCCCCCAUUUUCUCACUCACCCUGCCUGGCUUAGUGUUUUCUUCUUUAUCCCACUCUCCUGAUGGCUAGGCUCCGGAGUGACCACUGCUCCCCAGGAGCUCCCUGCUCCUCCUUCCCAGGCAGGAAGUGGAGCUGGACCUGCCUCUGGAAGGACCAUGCGCAGCACCACACUCCUGGCUCUGCUGGCACUGGUGCUGCUUUACUUGGUAUCUGGGGCUCUAGUGUUCCAGGCUCUGGAGCAGCCUCACGAGCAGCAGGCUCAGAGGAAAAUGGAUCAUGGCCGAGACCAGUUUCUGAGGGACCAUCCCUGUGUGAGCCAGAAGAGCCUGGAGGAUUUCGUCAAGCUCGUGGCUGAAGCCCUGGGAGGGGGCGCAAACCCAGAAACCAGUUGGACCAAUAGCAGCAACCACUCAUCAGCUUGGAACCUGGGCAGCGCCUUCUUUUUCUCGGGGACCAUCAUCACUACCAUCGGCUAUGGCAAUAUAGUCUUACACACAGAUGCCGGGCGUCUCUUUUGUAUCUUCUAUGCACUGGUGGGGAUCCCGCUGUUCGGGAUGCUGCUGGCGGGAGUCGGGGACCGGCUGGGCUCCUCUCUGCGCCGGGGCAUCGGCCACAUUGAAGCAAUCUUCUUGAAGUGGCAUGUGCCACCAGGGCUGGUGAGAAGUCUGUCCGCAGUGCUCUUCCUGCUGAUUGGCUGCCUGCUCUUUGUCCUCACUCCUACCUUCGUGUUCUCCUACAUGGAGAGCUGGAGCAAGUUGGAAGCCAUCUACUUUGUUAUAGUGACUCUCACCACCGUAGGCUUUGGCGAUUAUGUACCUGGCGAUGGCACCGGGCAGAACUCUCCAGCUUACCAGCCGCUGGUGUGGUUCUGGAUCUUGUUUGGCCUAGCCUACUUCGCCUCAGUGCUCACCACCAUCGGCAACUGGUUGCGAGCGGUGUCUCGCCGAACUCGGGCAGAGAUGGGUGGCCUAACGGCACAGGCUGCUAGCUGGACCGGCACAGUGACAGCAAGAGUGACCCAGCGAACUGGGCCCAGCGCCCCGCCGCCAGAGAAGGAGCAACCACUCCUGCCCUCCUCUUUGCCGGCACCGCCUGCUGUUGUUGAGCCAGCCCGCAGGCCCGGCUCCCCUGCACCCGCAGAGAAGGUUGAGACUCCGUCCCCGCCCACGGCCUCAGCUCUGGAUUACCCCAGUGAGAAUCUGGCCUUCAUCGACGAGUCCUCAGACACGCAGAGUGAGCGUGGCUGUGCCCUGCCUCGGGCUCCUCGGGGUCGCCGCCGACCCAACCCAUCCAAGAAGCCUCCCAGACCCCGGGGUCCUGGGCGACUCCGAGACAAGGCCGUGCCGGUGUAGGGGCAGGAUCUCUGGCCCGGGAUCCCACGCCAGGGCUUCGCUCUUGCUGAUGCUCAGGCAUGCUUGGCUUAUUUGACCAAAGAGCCCCCCCCCCUCUUUUGUUCCACGUGGUUGCAACCCUGACAGGAGUCCAGUGGUUGCCAGAUGCCACGGCUCUUCCCUGGCUGGUUCUUCACAUCCAAUCAUUUCCAAAGCCCACCAUCCAAGGCUUUCUGUCUCGCUCCCCUGCCGGUUUUGUCCCUCACACCUCACGACUGUGCCUCAAAACCUGCACCAAUAAAACGAAAACUCUGCACUACCGAGUGCAUGCUCCUGGACCCAAGUCGGUGUGCGAGUGCUUUUCUCGCGCCACCAUGGGCUUAUAUCAGGCCCACUGCCGUCCUUAGGCCCCCACACCGGACAAGUCAUGCUCUUUUGAUUAAGUUCAGGUAUUCAGACUCUUGUCUCUGCCUGGAGGAGACCCGGACUCGAAACUGGACUGGGUACUUCCAGUCUUGGCAUUGAUAUUGGGGGUGGGAGCAACUUAGAGUCUUGAUGCAAUCUGCAGUUUGAAGUCUCCUCCCGCGAGGCCACUAUAACCUUCCCGGAGGAGACUGCCCCU